GUUGUUGUCAGUACAAUAAUCGUUAGUUGUUCCGUCACAGCUGCUGAGAAGAGAGCUGUGCGGAGCUGAACUACGUUGUGUGAUCCUCCGAUGCUGUUAGUGUGACAAUUAUGCAAAAAUGGAUAUCAAAUUCGUCGUGUUUUACGCCGCGAGGGACGGCAAUCUACGACGUCUGAAGGGAUUUAUCGGCGACAACGUCACGCAGGAUGAGAUCCCUUCCUUGGUGUCGGCCAAGAUCAACGGUGCCACUCCUCUAAUCAUGGCGUGCAGGAAUGGGCACUAUGAUGUGGCCGACUACCUCAUUGAGCAUUGUCACGCGGACAUCGAACAGCGAGGAUCAGUCGUGUUUGACGGGGAGACCAUUGAAGGUGCCCCUCCCCUGUGGUGCGCGGCGGCGGCCGGUCACUAUCCGCUGGUGAAGCUGCUGCUGAGCCACGGGGCGCGAGUCAACAGCACGACCCGCACCAACUCAACGCCGCUCAGGGCCGCCUGCUACGACGGCCACUACGAGAUCGUCAAGCUGCUCAUCGACCAUAGAGCGGACUUUGAAAUUCCAAAUCGGCAUGGGCAUACCUGCUUGAUGAUAGCGUGUUAUAAAGGGCACAAGCGAAUCGCACAUUACUUGGUGUCACUCGGAGCAGAUGUCAACAGGCGCAGUGUGAAAGGAAACACAGCCCUUCACGACUGUGCUGAAUCCGGAUCCCUGGAUGUUCUAAAAUUACUUUUAAAGAAUAAUGCAAAAAUGGAUGUGGACUCCUAUGGAAUGACUCCUCUUCUAGCUGCUAGUGUCACAGGACAUGCACAUAUUGUUGAGUACUUAAUCAAGCAAGAAAAUCUAGUAUCACAAAAGGAGAAGGUUGAUGCUCUUGAACUUCUUGGAGCUACUUAUGUUGAUAAGAAGAGGGAUAUGGUGGGAGCACUGAAUUAUUGGAAAUUAGCAAUGGAUGAAAGGUACAAUGGAAAGAUUGAGUUGCCAAAGCCUUUCCAAAAAACCACUGUUGAAGCCUAUGACCAUGUGAAAGAAAUAAGAGAUCCCCAACACUUAGAAGACCUUCUCUCUGAUCCAGAUGAAAUGAGAAUGCAAGCUCUCGUUAUUAGAGAACGUAUUCUUGGACCAGCCCAUCCUGACACUUCAUAUUAUGUUCGAUUUCGAGGUGCUUUCUAUGCUGACGCAGGACAGUUUGGCCGUUGUGUUUCUUUAUGGACCUAUGCGUUAGAUAUGCAGCAAAAAAUGCUUGAACCUCUUAAUCCAAUGACUCAGAGUUCUUUCUUUUCCUUUACCGAAUUAUUUUCAUAUAUGAUGGGAGAAGAAGGCAGAGUGCCUACCAGAGGAAGACGGGUCCCUCCAGUCAUGUUUUAUGACCUUAUGACUGUUUUUGAUAAGGCUGUGAAAGAAAUAGAAAUGGGGAUUGCUUUAGUGGAAAAACUCCCAGCUGCAGAACGGGACUUGACAUACUUACAUCGAGUCAUAGUAAUUUGCCUCCAUCUUGGUUGUUUGCUGACAAAAGUUUUGCCGCAAGUAACAGAAGAAGAAUCUUAUCACUUGCAUAAAUCUGCAUAUAGAUUAGUUAAAUUAGGAGUGCGAGGUCGCACUGGUCGCACUGUGUUGCACCUUGCUUGUGCACGGGAUUCAGCUCUUGUAGGAAGAUAUCCAGCUUGCCAUUUCCCCAGUACAAGUUUGGCAGAUCUCUUAUUGAAGGUUGGAGCUGAUCCUAAUGCCAGGGAUGAUGAGGGCAACACUCCUUUACAUAUUGCAGCAUCUUGCUCACAUCUUACAUCCUAUUCAGCAGAUCUUCCUAGGCUUCUCCUUAAGCAUGGUGCUCACUUGGAUUCUGUCAAUGAUGAGGGCAGAACAUUUGAAGAUUUGUGGACAGAAUGGGGACAUCCCAUUCAUGCAAUUGUUAAUCCUGUGCCAUAUACCCGUCUUACAUGCCUAGCUGCACGUGUAAUCCAAAACCACAAAUUAGACUAUGUAGGAUUAAUACCAAAAUCUUUAGAAUCAUUUGUUCAAAAUCAUGGAUGUUGUUCACGGACCUCAAUAAUUUCAGAGUGAAAUCUCAGUAAUAUUUAUUCUUUAAGUCAUCCCUUUUGAUAUACUUGUCAUUUGCAGACCUUCCAAUAAGAUCUAUUAACCAUGCAUCAUGUUCAUUUCAGAUUUUGCA